CAAGACUUAUGUCAUGACUAAGUUGUUUUGCUCUAUGCAUCAACUCACUCUCUCUGCAUUUGUUUAGAGGAACAGCAAUAGCCAAUAUGAGUAAUGGAGAUUCAAGCAUUGUCUCAACUCCUAGCAGGACAGAGCAGGGGAAGUUUAAGGCAAUGGUGGUGUGUUGGUUUCUUGGACUAGGAUGUCUCAUUUCAUGGAAUAGCAUGCUAACAAUUGGAGACUACUACUAUCAAAUUUUCCCAAGUUACCAUCCAGCCAGAGUCCUGACUCUGGUCUACCAGCCCUUCGCCCUCGGAUCAAUGGCGAUUCUCUCUUACAACGAGGCCAACAUCGACACAAGGAAGCGAAACAUGUUUGGCUACGCCCUCUUUUGCUUCAGCACACUCGGACUUCUCUUGAUUGAUGUGGCUACGUCGGGGGGAGGUGGGAUAGGGAACUAUAUUGGAGUGUGUGUCUUUGUUGCUGCCUUUGGAGUUGCAGAUGCUCAUGUUCAAGGUGGGAUGACUGGUGACCUAUCUUUCAUGUCCCCUCACUUGAUGCAGUCGUUCUUGGCCGGUUUGUCUGCUUCGGGGGCGUUGGUUGCAGGCCUGAGGCUUGUGACAAAAGCGGUUUUUGAUCAAACUGAUAAUGGUCUUAGAAAGGGAGUUAUUUUGUUUCUUGCAAUCUCAAUCUUCUGUGAGUUUCUGUGUGUGUUGCUCUACGCGUUCGUGUUCGGGAGACUUCCCAUUGUGAAGCAUUUGAGGAGGAAGGCGGCGUCUGAAGGGUCGAGGACAGUCUCAGCUGAUCUUGCAGCAGCCGGGAUCAAGACUGCAGAUGGCGAAAACUUUUUGUUGUUGCAGGUGGAUGAUGAUCGGUUGAGUAACAAGCAGUUGUUGCUUCAAAAUAUUGACUACGCAUUGGAUAUUUACCUCCUGCACGUGCUCACGCUGUCGAUCUUUCCUGGCUUCUUGUAUGAGAAUACGGGUAAAAAUCAUGGACUAGGGGAGUGGUAUGCACUCGUCCUUGUAGCAGUUUACAACGUUUGGGACCUGAUGGCACGGUACAUUCCUAUGAUCGAGUGCAUAAGGUUGGAGUCAAGAAAGGGUCUUCUAUACGCGUGCUUGUCGCGUUUCUUGCUCAUUCCUUGCUUCUAUUUCACGGCCAAGUAUGGGGAUCAAGGGUGGAUGAUUUUCUUGGUGUCGUUCUUGGGGCUGACUAACGGAUACCUAACGGUUUGUGUCCUCACGGUUGCUCCGAGAGGCUAUAAGGCACCGGAGCAGAACGCAUUGGGGAAUUUGAUGGUUGUGUUUCUUCUUGCUGGUAUAUUUUCGGGCGUUGCUCUUGACUGGUUGUGGCUCAUUGGCAACACUUCCUUUUAAACCAACUUCUUUUCAUGUGAAAUCUAUUCAUAUGGUGGUUUGUAGCACCUUCUCAUAUUUCAUGUUUCAAACUUAGUGUCAAUAUAAAAUCUCAAUUAUUUGAUGAUUUGCUUUAGGAUUUCACAUUCCUAUUAACAAGUUGCAAAGAUUAAGAAAAGUUUAGCCAGAUACAAGUUGCAAUAAUUAAUAAAUAAAAGAUUGUAAACUUGUAAUCAGGUCGUAGCUUAUUUGGAUUGCUUAUGAAAUAAAAGAUCUGAAAGCAACAUUUGAUUUUUUCUAA